AGUUUCCGGUGGUCGCCCUUUGACCUGUCGAAGUCAGCUGUGUGUCCUGCGUUGAUGGUGAAGAUGGCAGGGGACUCCUCCUAUACCAUAGUGGAAUACUUCGGUGGGGAUGACGGAUACCGCUGCGGUUACUGCAAAAAUGACAAAGGAAACUUCUCUCAUGGGAUGUGGUCUCACACUAUGACUGUUCAAGACUACCAAGACCUGAUCGAUCGAGGAUGGAGGAGGAGUGGGAAGUACGUUUACAAGCCCACACUGAAGAAGACCUGCUGUCCCCAGUACGCCAUCAGAUGUCAUGCGCUGAAAUUCCAGCCUUCCAAAUCCCACAAGAAAGUUCUCAAAAAGAUGAACAAGUUCCUUUCUAAAGGGGAGCUGCCAGAAGGACAGGAGCCUGGUGACCUGAUGGACUCGGCGUGUGAAGAUGCUGGUCCUCGGGGGUCCACGAAGGCCUGUCCUUCAGAGCUGAAGUGUGCCGCAGUGACGGACGUCGGGCAGGACAAAGCCCAGUCUCUCUCCGUCGCAGAAGUGUCUCCUCCUACAAGCCCUUUAGCAUGCCAGAAGGAUCCCGCUUGUGUCCCGAGUGACAGAAAAGCUCCUAAAGCAGGCAGCGGUGCUGACCCGAGCCAACCUCCAUGUCGGAAGGCUAAAGACCUGAGAAAGGAGCGCCGUCUUCAAAAAGAGCAAACCAGACAACAUGGCGUUUCCCUCACAAAGCCGGCCCCCUCCCUCGCCAUCCAACCCAAAUCGCUCGAGGACUUGGUCAGUGAGUUGUUGCCGGAUGACGCCACUCAUCGGCUGGAGGUGAGGCUAGUGCGCUCCAGCCCCCCUAGCACGCAGUUCAAAGCCUCUUUCAGCGCCUCCUACCAGGUGUACAAACGCUACCAGAUGGCCAUUCACAAGGAUCCUCCUGACAAACCCUCCGAGAGCCAGUUCCAGAGAUUCCUCUGCGAUUCUCCACUAGAGGCAGAGUUUUCUCCGGAUGGUCCUGAGGUGGGAUACGGCUCCUUCCACCAGCAAUACUGGCUUGAUGGGAAAAUUGUGGCUGUGGGAGUGAUUGACAUCUUGCCCACCUGUGUGUCAUCCGUCUACCUGUAUUACCACCCGGACUUUGCUGCUCUGUCUCUGGGCUCCUACUCUGCUCUCAGGGAGAUCGCGUUCACCAGGCAGCUGCAGAAACAGUCCCCAAAGCUGUCCUUCUACUACCUGGGCUUCUACAUCCACUCUUGUCCAAAGAUGCGCUAUAAGGGGCAGUACCGGCCGUCAGACCUCCUCUGCCCUGAAACCUACGCCUGGGUACCGAUAGAAAGAUGCACAGCGCUGCUCGAUGACUCCCGCUACGCCCGCUUCAACCAGGAUCCGGAUGCAGGAGAUAGCCGGGCGCUGAAGGAUGUGGGCAGAGCUCUGGUGCUGCACCGGCGGGCCGUCAUGCCCUACGUGACCUACAGCCGCAAACGCAAAGGCGCCAGCGACGAGAGGGAGGUGCAGCAGUACGCCAGCCUGGUGGGGCAGCAGUGCGCCGAGAGGAUCCUGCUUUACCGCUCCUGAAGGCCGGCCUCCCGCUGAGUCCACGUCUGUCCUUGAAAGUGCUUUCUGCUGCGUCUCCUCAUAGUCUCACCGAGCUGCAGCUCCACAGUCGCAUGCUUUGAUUCAUCCAUUAGUCUGAGAAUCUUUCACCUUUCCUUCUUUUUCCUGAUUUUUCCACGCCCCCCACCCCGUGUUUUCCAUCCUUCAUCCCUGCUUCCGUUCUGAUGCUGGAAAAGAAGAUCUGAUUCAUUUCAGCAGCAUCUCCUGGAAAUCCUCUUCACUUUCCAGAAGAUUCAAAGAAAAAAGAACAUUUGAAUCUGUUUCCUCAUCCCUUUAAGGCAGUGUUGUAUUUGAUGUUUUCAUGUUCCUGCUGUUUUUAAUAAAGAUACUGCACACACCC